AAGUAAAACAGAUAAAUACUCUUCUGUGGGCAGGUUUCUGGGCGAUUGUCUCCAUCUGUGGGAUAUCUGUGAGGCGUGUCCACGUACUGCUGGUCCCGUCGCUACGAUACUUCCGUAUCACUUCCGUGUUCUUCUCUUGAAAGACGGGUUUCCACAGACUAGGUAAGGACCCGUGACUUCUCUUGGUUGUACUGGGUCGAGUUAGCGUUGAACAUUAGAAUAGCUAAAAUUUCGUCCAUCUCCGCGCGGACUCAAAGUUUGGCUCCAUGGCUGACGGCCGAGAGGGGGAGAAUCCGGAGCAGGAGCCUAGGGGCGCCGCGGGUGGAGACGAUGUCAUUGAUGAUCACAUCCUCGAAGAAGGAGCGGUUGUCUUUAGAGGGUAUGUGAUUGCACAUAUAAACACAGAGGACCCUAGUCGACAUGUGACUUCUGAGGAUUUGGGAGGAAGGCCAGAUGAACAACAGGAUCCACAAAUCAAAGAAGUGGUAGAACAGCUGCGCAAGAUAGCGGACAGUUUAAAUCGGAAUGCUGAACUUCAGAGGCUGAUAAACCAGGUUCAGGGGAACUGUGCUCAAGACGUCUUCAUGACUGUUGCAAGAAACAUCUUUGCUGAUGGUAUCAACUGGGGUCGAAUAGUGGCUCUCUUCCAUCUGGCCUGUAAACUUAUACACAAGGCUAUUACCGCCAAUCACUUAGAGAACAUCCAAAUGAUCAUCAGCUGGGUCCUCCAGGUUAUCAGAGAGCAGGUCUACAGCUGGCUUGUGGCGCAAGGGGGCUGGGAGGGGGUGAUCCGUGGUUUUUCUCGAUGGAGGACAGCAGCCAUGGUAGCAUCAGUAGUAUUGGUGGUAGCCUUCGUUUACUACCGGAAAGUACGAUAAAAACAUCGGACCUCACAACCAAGACUGCAGUGCCUUCAUCUGGAUACAUUCAGCUUGUUAGGAAAUGUGUCGCAGUCACUCCUCAGCCUCCAUCUCAUUAAUAAGAGGAGGUAAAGUACUGUACUUAAAGGGAUGGAUCUUUUCUUGUCUCAGGUUUCAAAGAACAAAAGCGCUUUUGCGCUUAGCAUCUCAGCCUUUCUUCACUAGCAGGUAAUCAGUGCCUCCCAUGGAUUUCUGAGCUGCUGUAUCUAACACUGGAGGCUCUCAGCUGUCAGCAGAUGCUGCUGUUGGACUGGAUCUUACCUGAACCACACCUGAGGCUCGAGUCAGUUCAGACUGGGUCUCAUGUCUGUGCAAAUUUUAGAUUCACUGUGGAGGACACACAGAGACCCGAGGGAGUUUACAACAACAUAAUUAUCUUAAUUAAGCCAACUGAAUGUGCCAUAUUUUCACCGUAGCUUGUGCCUGAAAUUUGAAUUAUGUUGUAUUCUGUCUCAAUGACAGUCUUGUUGUCUCUUUAAAGUCUUUUUAUAUACUUGUUUAGGUUUCUCGUAUCAAAGGACUUAAAAUCACACUGUAAAAAAAAUGUUGCAAAUGUUCCUUAUGGAUUUUAAAAAAUGGACAAGAAUCCUCAAAAUGAUCACACGUCAUGUAGAGUUUUUCUGAAAGAGUUCUUCACUGAACUGUUUCAACAAAAUUUGAAAUUACAGAGGGAAAAAUGUGCUGGUUAAAUGAGCUUUUAUCAAGAAAACAAUGUUUAAAAAAAUACAGUGCAAUGGUUUGGAAUAAAUGUAAAACCUAUUUAAUUAAAACAGUAAAAAGAUAUCAUAAAUA